CUCUCUAGCUUGUGUGUACCACUUGUGUGUCACCGGGCACAUCCUUCAUCGGCAGUGGACCAACACGGCACGAUGAGUCGUACGUACAGGCCGAGACUCUCGAAGGAUAAGGCCGUUGCCCAACGCCUUCAAGAUUUGAGUACCGCGAGCCAAAUAGACAGAGUGUUGGACAACUCGACUCCGGCAGCAGCGGCAGCAGCGGCAGCAUCGGCAGUAGCGGCAGCAGCAGCAGGAGUAGCACCAGCACCGUCACCAGGGGGAGAAACGGAAGCAGACAAAGCGACAACAUGGCUCGGUGGCGCCUCGCCGGAACUUCCACCCGUUUCAACGCCAAUGCCAACUCCCAAGGGGUUCAACAACAGUCGUUUGAAUCGCACACAGACGACGCCGACCCCGACGGCCGGCGGCAGAGCUAGCAGUCGGCUGUCCCAGGCAUCAACCGCUACGACCCCGCCUGCUGAUGCCGCAGGAGCUAUUUCCAGCAGUACGGCGUCAAGCCCGGCUGCACCUUUAACCACACGAGGCAGCAGCAGUCGGCGGCGACGCGAAAGUUCUGCUGUUGCCGAGGAGGGUGGCAACGACGGCGGCAGCAGGGGCAAAAGCAGCAGCGGCAAGAGCUGGGAUUGCGUCUCGUGCUCAUUCACGAACGUGGAGACGGCGAAGAAAUGCCGCAUGUGCAGCACCAAGCACUACCAAGCGCCACGCUCCUCCCGUUCGCCGUUGGCCGCUGUGGAGGUGGCGCAGGGCCCCGGGAACGGUGUGGGCGGUGCGCACGAUCCGGACAUCCGAGGCGCUUUGUCCUCCUUUUGCGCACUCGCCGCAGACACCCAUAGACGGCGGAAGAGCGGUGGUGGCACUCAAGAACGCCGUUCGCCUCGAAGCUCCAGGCAGGGUACCGAGGCCGCCAACGCCUCCAGUUCUGGUGGUCGCCGAAAAGAGCAGAGAUCAGGAAGAUUCUUGGCAGGGGGUGAAGAAGCCAGCGGCGGGGACGGUGUGGGCGGCGGCGUUGCCCCCCGAAAACGUCGCCGGAAUAGCACUCCUGGCCGUGCAAUAACGGCGAAAGGCGCCGAACCAGCGGGGCUCGCGGCUUCAUUUUCGGCCGACGCUCCGGUACCGGCAGCGAAGAACACCCCCUCAGGUAAGAGGGAGGGAGAUGGGUUGAAGGCGGCAGCGGCGGCGAAGGCAGCAGUGGCGACUCCGACUGUUCGCGACGGGAAAAAAACAGCCGGGGAUAAUGGCGAGCGCGGCGCGAAAAGAACGGCCGGCACGGCUGGCGCGAGUCAAGGCGGGGCGCUGUCGUCGCCCUAUCCGUCUUCCCGCAAAGCUGGCAAGAAGCGCGCUAGAACUCCGACUCCACCAACGCCGGCACCAGCUGUGGAAGAGGUGGAGGCGUCGCCGUCCCCGGUAACCGUGACCCACCCCACGGAAUCGCAGCCAUCACCACCACCAGCGGGCACGUUGCCUCAGGAGCGUCAGGCGAAGGUAGGACCGUGGGUUGUCCCGCUACUGACUGCCGAUUCCGACGAACGGAAUGAUGACUCGGGUUCGAGGACGACGAGAAGGAGGAGGGGAGGGAGCGGGGUGUCGGAUGCAUCAGAGGACGUCGCCGCUACGUGCGGCCCAACCGUGCCGCCUUCUUCGGAGGACGCGCCACCCUCCUCCUGCGCUGACGGGAGGCACUCGUGGCCCGCCGCCAUCGCUCGCGUCGCCACCCUGGACUUCUCGGGCAAGCCCUCGCUGGCGGUGUCCUCCGUUGUGGUCACGUCGGCAGGAAGCCGCGCCAGCGGCAGCGGCAGCGGCAGCCGCAGCCGCAGCCGCACGGGUUCCGUCGCCACCGCCGCGACGGCGUCGAUCGUUGUCUGCCACUCGGGAGGAGUCUCCGUCUGGGACCUGACGGACUCCGAGGCGAUCUGUACGCACCUGUCGCCGGAGCUCGCCAGCGCCGCGAAGGAGCUCGUCCCGUGGAAGUUUAUGGCGGCGGCCGUGGUGGGCGGUGACCUCGCCGGGUCGACGCCCUCCGCGACCAGGGCGCCCGGAGGCGGCAAGGGCGCGUACAUCAUGGCGGUUGGUCGGCAAGGGACAGACCCCGGGUCCCCGAUUUUUCGCGUCUGGCAGCAGGGUUCGCCGUCACCGGUGCCACCUUUGACGCCGCAGGACGCCAGGCGUGCGGAUAGGAGAAGAAGCAGUGGCGGUAGCGGCGGCGGUUCUGCCGGGCGAGCAAAGGGGGCGCCCUCGUUACAACCGGCAGUCUUGACGACCACUGUCAAAAAGAAGUUUUCGAAGUUUUUCCCGCCGGCGGUGCCGAGCCACAUUAUGCCUUGCCUCUGCGUGUGCGGGUACUCGGUGGCGAACGGGGAGAGGGGUGAUGGUGCUGGUGGUAUGGCGGCGGGCGACGAGGACGGACCUGGAGCCGGGACGGCCGAACUCGCCGGAGAGAUCACUGCUGUGAUGGCCCUGGGUGGCAAGGCGCUUCGGCUAGUUUUUGGGGCCGGGAGGAGCGGCUCGGAGACGUUCGUCGCUAAGCAGUUGCCUACUAAGUUGGCCGACGAUGCAGCUGUGUACACAUCGCUGGCACCCGUGCCGAGCAACCCCUACCUCGUCUGCGCUUCCGCACCAUUGGUCAAUGCGGUCUUGGUUUGGAACGUCCUGGACCUGCGUCCCCUCUUCACUUUGCCCAUCACCACCGUGAGCGUUUGCGUACCACUGGCUUCUGCUGCGGUUGGUAAUGCGGCGGUUGCGAGAGGAGUGCCGAUGGUCGCAGAGGCAGCAGCAGCAGCAGCAGAAGCAGAAGCAGAAGCAGCAGCAGCAGAGGCGGCAGCGGCAAAGCCAGCUCCCCGAAUGCUUUGCCUACUGGCGACGGGGAGCAGGCACGCGGGCGGCAGCAGCGAAAGCGGCGUAAGCUCAACCCGGGAGAAGAGCAAGGUCGUUUGCGGGCUGUUCGGUGUUUACUGCGGUGGGGGUGACGGCGGCGCGGGAAAACACAGCUGUGGCAGGGUGUCGGCGAUACGCCUGGAGGCUGACGCUGAAGCUGGGGGAGGAGAGCGGCCGAUGCCGGGAGAAGGCGAAAACGAGAGGAGCCGAGGGGGCGGCGAGCAUGACGAUCGCGAAAACGACGCCGGCAGCGGCUUGCGGUGCUUGUGCGACAGUGGCUACGGUUUCGUUGUUGGUGUUGACGGGCGGGGCAAAGUUGUGGCAAGGAGCGUCUUGACCGGAGAGUCUAGAGUGCUCCUUGCGCCAGACACCGCUGCAGCUGAAGCCAACGCUGACGGCAGGGCGACUUUUGCCGCCCUUGGUUGUGACGAGGACAGUAGCAUUCUCGCUCUCGCCACGGCGCGGGGGCCGGACGGCGUUGCUGCCGCGACUUGUGUCGAUUUGUAUGAAUUUUGUGAUUGAUCUCACCCUGCCGCUCGGGCAAAUAAGACCGACUGGCGACACAGGCUUGUGCGUCUCCGAACAAUAAACAAUCAAGAUCGCUUAAAUGGCAUGCUGCCGUUGCAAAUACCUCACCGCUACACCACCUUAUUCCAUGGAACCCCGUCAACUAUUUACAUUCUUCGGAAGCUGGAGGAUACUGGAACUCAGGCCGAGCUCCGUUCUGCAUAACGCUACAAGAAAACCGUCUUGUCUGGCCUCGCAACUUUGCCUUCUCCUGGUACUGCUCCUCCCUCGCCACUCUUGGCGCUACGCCCCCCACUGCUGCCACUCCCGCUUUCGCGGCUGCCGCGGCGGCGCGCCUCACCGUCACUGCUGCCACCCUUCGAGCCCUCUCUCUCGUCUACGUUGUAACCCAAGGCACGCAAGUCUUCCAUGACCUCUUGCUCUCUCCUCUGUCCGGCCUCGAAGCUACCGUCCACCGGUUCUCUCCCCGGCGGGAACAUUCCCCCCGCCGAAGCUACUGCACCCGGACUCGCCAGCAGCCCGUC